AUGUCUGCGCUCGAUGAGCUCAUGGCGGACCUGCGUGACGACGAUGAUGCAGCCCAGCUCGAAGAUGAUUUCCUUGAAGAGUCCGAAGCCACUGGUGAAAUUGACGAGAUCGAGGAUGCUGGCAACACUCAAGUCGGCGGCGAAUCCAACGACUUUGACCGUUCUAUCUCUACUGCCGAUGAGUUGAACCGCCUUCACAAAGUCCUGCGCGAUCAUUACUCUAUUCGCUUUCCCGAGCUCGAGACCCUCGUUACCACUCCCAUUAAGUAUGCGAAGACAGUCGCCAUCCUCCUGAACGGUCCUCUCAGCGAUAUCAAAACCUUGGCCAACACCUCAGACAACUUGGUUGGCGCUCCACUCAAGACCGUUCUCGAUGGACCGUCCCUGAUGGUUGUCGCGGUGGAGGGAACCACCACGCGAGGCCGGGAGAUGACCGACGCUGAGCUGCAGAAAGUUAUCCGUACCUGCGAGCGGAUCCUGAAACUCGACCGUGAGCGCAUCGCCCUUACAGAAAGCAUACAGUCGCGCAUGAACGAAACCGCCCCGAAUCUGGCAGCUCUGAUCGGACCCGAAACCGCUGCGCAGUUCCUUAACUCAGUCGGAGGCUUGAGGCAACUCUCGACUAUCCCCGCUUGCAACCUGGGCGCCAUUGGCUCCGGUCGAUCGGAGGGAACAGGCUUUGCGACCAACCACGGUGUCCGCGCGAAGGGAUAUCUCUACCACUCCCCCAUCUUUGAAAAUGUUCCCAUGGACCUGAGAACCAAGGGUAUUCGCGCCCUCGCUGCCAAGAUGGUGCUUGCCACCCGCGUCGAUGUCGCUGAACAGUCCAAAGACGGAUCUUACGGCCGAGAAUUGCGCGAACUAAUUUACACCAAAAUGGACAAGCUGACCGAGGCCAACCCGAACUCCGGUACCAAGGCCCUCCCCGCUCCGGACGAUAAGCCCUCUCGCAAGCGCGGUGGAUGGCGUGCCCGCAAGGAGAAGGAGGCUACAACUAUGACCGAAAUGCGCAAGGCGCAGAACCGCGUUGCAUUCGGUAAGGAGGAAUCAGAGGUUGGAUACGGCACGGGAUCUGGAACCGUUGGACUGGGUAUGCUUGGACAACAGAACGACGGCCGCAUCCGCGCCACUCAGAUCGACAAGCGUACUCGGGCCAAACUCAGCAAAAACAACAAGGGUUGGGGCACCACUACACCAGCUAGUGGCAACGCAUCUGUGGCCCACUUCGCUCCGGGCGCUAGUGGCACCGCCAGCGUCCUCCAGGCUCGUGGUCUCCGCGCCUCCGGAAUUGGAUCUCAGGCUGGCGCAGCGGGUACCUCCAGUACCAUCGCCUUCACUCCCGUCCAAGGUCUGGAGCUCGCUGAUCCCAAGGCGCAAGCUGAGCUCAAGCGCAAGCGUGAAGCUGAGGAGAAUCGCUGGUUCAAGUCUGGUACUUUCACUCAGGCUACCAACAACCCGGGAGAGAAUGGUGGAUUCAAGGUUCCCGCUCUUCCACCCAAGAAGAAGGUCGAUACUGGCGAGGGCAAGAUGGGUCCCCCUCCCAAGCAGUAG